CUUUCUCUCUCUCUCUGUCUCUCUCUGGCUGUUAUGAGGCUGCCUGACUGAAAGCAGACCCAGAUAUGGUGUAGGAUAUCAGAGCAGAAACCAGAAACGCAGGCUAGGAGGGAGUCUCUGCCUGGGAGAAAGGUAAAGAAAGAGACUGGCCGCUGUGGCUGCAGACGGGCUGAGCUGUAGAGUCAUGGAGAGUGAACAGGGCCCUCCAGCCUCCAGCCCCACCUGCACCAGCAGCUCCACCAGCAGCUCUGCACGGCCGUCUGGGCCCCAGAUCUCCGUCUACAGCGGAAUCCCCGACAGACAGACCGUCCAGGUGAUCCAGCAGGCUCUGCACAGGCAGCCCAGCACGGCGGCGCAGUACCUGCAGCAGAUGUACGCAGCGCAGCAACAGCACCUCAUGCUGCACACGGCCGCCCUGCAGCAGCAGCACCUCAGCUCCGCCCAGCUCAGCUCCGCCCAGCUCAGCUCCGCCCAGCUCAGCUCCGCCCAACUCCAGGGGCUGCAGGCCAGCAUUGCUGCUGGGAGACCAGGGUCCAAUCAAAAUGGCACCUCGUCCCCCCAAACAGGCUCCUCCCAGACCACGAUAAACCUGACCACACCCCCAGCAGCAGCUCAGCUAAUCAGCAGGGCCCAGAGUGUUAGCUCCGCCCCCACUGGAGUCUCACAGGCUGUGCUGUUAGGGAGCCCCUCAAGCCCCGCCCUCACCGCUAGCCAGGCUCAGAUGUACCUCCGAGCUCAGAUGGCACAGCAAAGUAACCUUGUGCAAGUAGCUAGGAGCCUAGGGCGUGCUGUUCCUUUAUCCCCCCAGCUGAUCUUCACCCCCACCGGCACUGUCACCACGGUAACACCAGAGGGAACAGCGCCACCUGCUGGAGCUCAGUCUGCUAGCGCACAGGUUCAGAACCUGGCCCUCCGCAGCCAGCAGGGGGCAGCACAGCCUGGCUCAGCGCCCCAGACUCAGCUCCAGGGCCUGAGCCUCAAACCCGCCCCCCUGCAGCCCGGCGCCCUGCCGAAAGGGGCCCCGGGGGUCCCUGGGGGCCAGGGGCCUGGGCAGAAGGGGAGCCCAGCCGAGGCCUCCCCAGAGGGGGGAGGCAAGAAGGGGGAGGGCGUGGGGCCGGAGGGGCGCGUGGUGAACAUGAGCCGCACCCCCAUCAGCACCCACCCACUCAUCACGCCAGCCUACGCUCAGAUCCAGCUCCAGAAGCAGCAGCAAGGCUUUGUGAUCCAGCAGCCUUCCCAUAAUGCCCCGCGGGCACAGCUUCUGCAGACGGCCCCAGUGCUGGCUCCGCCCCCCAUCCCAGUGCUGCCCAAACCGGCCCCCCCCUCACAGCAAGCCACCAUCUUCCACUCCACCCUCAGCCCCCUGCUGACCCCCACCCUCAGCCCCCUGCUGGCCCCCUCCCUCAGCCAGGCCAAAGUGCAGCCAGUCCAGCUCACCGCCAUCAAUCUGCAGAUCCAGCCCACCCCCGCCACGGCUAACCGAUUGGCCCAGGACAGUGUCAGUCAGGAAAGUAAACCCACCCCCCAGAUGGUGAAGGAGGGAAGCCCCACCCCCCCACGAUCACAAGCGCAAAUAGCCAAUAGCCACGACGCGUUGUUUCUUGUUCAGAGAUCUUGUACAAAGACGCCCAGAGCCCGUGGUUCCCUGCGGCUGCUGUAUGGGAGUCAGUUUGCCCGACGCGGCGAGGCGAGGCGAGGCUGCACAAAACGGCUAAGUUUCGGUUCGGGCGUUGCGGAGAGGAACGGUUCGGGUCCUGCGGCAGGCUCCGCUCCAGCCAUGACCUCGGGGAACGAGAACAACGCCCCGACCGUGGCCGGCAGCGCCCCGCAGAACGGCGAGAGCAGACCGCCCCAGGCCAUCGUGAAGCCGCAGGUCCUCACACACGUCAUUGAGGGCUUCGUGAUCCAGGAGGGAGCCGAGCCUUUCCCAGUUGAGCGUGUUCCAGUGCUGGCGGACGGCCUAAAGAAAGCAACGCAGCAGCAGUCAGACCUGCAGAAAACCCCACAGAACAACCCACCCCACACCCCAGACUCUGACAUGGAAGACCUCACCCCGCUGGAGCUCCGCCCCCAGGAAGUGGAGGAGCCCAAACUCCAGUGUGAGUUCUGUGGUUGGGUGGACUUUGCCUACAACUUCAAAGGCACAAAGAGGUUCUGCUCCACAGUAUGCGCAAAAAGGUACAAUGUGGGGUGCUCGAAGCGGAUUGGCCUGUUCCACCCGGACCGAACCAAAACCACCAGCCGCUGGCGCCGGAGAGCACGUAACAGCACCCGCCAAAACACCGAGGCCAAGAAACAGAAGCGUGCCGCUCCUCCGCAGGCGAUGGGGGGGCCGGUGUCCCACCCCAGCCAGGGCGAGUCCAGCCCCUGCUCGGACAUCUCCAGCUUCGAAGGCCCCCCCUCCCCCCUGUCUGCAGCCAGUUCCCAGGCGCGGGGCCCCCCCGAACAGGAAGGGACCCCCACCAGGGAGCUUCCUGUCCUCACACAUCACUUCCUGCCCAGUGACCCCCCCCAGUGGAGUGUGGAGGAGGUGCACCGUUUCAUCCGCUCGCUGCCAGGUUGCCAGGAGAUCGCGGAGGAGUUCCGCUCGCAGGAGAUCGACGGACAGGCCCUGCUGCUCCUCAAGGAGGACCACCUCAUGAGCACCAUGAACAUCAAGCUGGGCCCUGCCCUCAAGAUCUACGCCCACAUUGGCCUGCUCAAAGACUCCUAACCCUAACCACGCCGACACUCCUAACCACACCCACAUCAGCCUGCUGAGAGACUCCUAACCCUAGCCACGCCCACAUGGUAGAUGGUUGGCAUUUAUAUAGCGCCUUUAUCCAAAGCGCUGUACAGUUGAUGCUUCUCAUUCACCCAUCAUGCACACUCGCACACCAAUGGUGAUUGGCUGCCAUGCAAGGCACCAACCAGCUCAUCAGAAGCAUUGGGGGUUGGGUGUCUUGCUCAGGGACACUUCAACACACCCAGGGCGGGAUCGAACCGGCAACCCUCCACCUGCCAGACGACUGCUCUUUCCGCCUGAGCCAAUGAGACGACCGCUCUUACCGCCUGAGCCAAUGUUGCCCCACAUCAACCUGCUCAAAGGCUGGCCUCCUAGCCAAAACCUGUGGGUUGAGUGAGACCGUGUGUGUUGUGGAUUCCACUGUUCUUGGCCUGAUCUGACUAGGCUGGUAAAACCUGUUCUGAGUGGCAGACCCCAGACUUCCUCCGAACCCCAGGGCUGCAGUCUAGUUGCGCUCUCGUUCAGAUGUAGCCGUGGAGAAGUUCAGUAAACGGCACAGGGCAGGUCUACGCUCAGCGCAGCGUCUAAAGGCACCCCAUCGUCAUCACUCCACUCAGCUCCACAGCCGUGAGCAUUGCCCUUCCAUACAAAUAAGCAAUAUCGUCUCAUUUACGUGCUCUAAAUGACACAGCUGACGGUUUUACAGGCAGGUCCGCAUUAUUGAGCCGCUUAUUCUUUUGCUACCAAACCGGUUACCUGAUUUCAUCCGUCCUCUUGCAUGAAACGGGCUGACAAAGGCUUCCGAUGUUUUGGCCCACCUCCCUUAAUAGCAGAGAGAAGUAGAUGUAGAUUUGGUGUGGGGACCUGCUUUGGGAAUCCCAGCUGGAGAAUAUCCUAUUGCAUGUUUUUUUGUUUUUUUUCUCCCAACUUGUGCUGAAAUCUUUAAUUGUAUUCAUGCUGUAUGCAGCUCAAAGGCCCAACGUGCUUAAUAACGGUACUUACUGCGGCUACCCAUUAUUCUUUAAAUCAACUAUAUAAUUUAUUUUGCCUAACAUUUCCCCCCAAACCACUCCUCUCCAAAGAUGCAGUUAUCCUAAUCUGAGGGUUGGAGAGUCACUGUGUGGUGGUGGAGGUUAGGGUUAGGGUUAUCAGGGAUAGUAGGGAUAAUGGGGGUAAUAGAGGCUCAGCAGAGGAAUUGAGACCAAACUACAUUCACACCACAACUUUCUCAUGUCAACACUUUCUAGUUGCUACAGAAUAUUCAAUAAGAGCAAAUGGCAUAAUUUUUAAAAAUGCAUUUAAUAAAACUGCUGGUAACGACUACGGUCACAUUCUCUGCAGACACGCCGUGUGUUUGGGUCUGUUCUGUGCUGUGUGUUUGUCUGGUGAGGAAUGUUACUUGUGCUCAAAAGUUUUUUUUCUUUUUUAAAAGGAUAAUGCUUUGUCAAAUGUUUGUAUUUAUGAGGCAGAUUGUUUUGUAUUAGUUUUUUUUACUUGGGAAAAAUCAUUUAAAAGAAA